AGUCGUUUGAGGCCGAUUCGUCGGCGUGUCAUUUCCGUUGACGCUUGUUGCUGCACCAUGUUGACCCGUGUUGUCCGUGCGUCCGUCAUCCGCGGUGUGGCUGGCCGCCGCGCCAUCUCGUCCUCGACUCCUCGCUUCUUGGAAGUCAAGGAGGCCACGGAAGCCCAGAAAAAGAUGAUUGAAAACGAAGUUGCGUUGACCCCGCGAGUUCAAAACGUGUUGGACUUGAUCUGCGAGUUGAACUUGAUCGAAAUCUCCGAGCUGUCGGCGGCCAUUCAAGUCAAGUUUGACAUCCCGGAAAUGGGCUUCGCCAUGGGUGGCGGAGGCGGCAGCGCCGGCGGCGAGACUGCUGCCGAAGAAGAAAAGAAGGAAGAAAAGACUUCGUUCGAUGUCAAGCUCGUCAGCUUUGACGCCAAGAACAAGAUCAAGGUGAUCAAGGAAGUCCGAGCAAUUACUGGCUUGGGCCUGAAGGAAGCCAAGGAACUCGUCGAGUCGGUGCCCGCCGUGCUCAAGAAGGAAUUGAAGAAAGCCGAAGCCGAAGAACUGAUGGCCAAGAUCACCGAAAUGGGUGGCGUCGGCGAGCUCGAAUAAGCGUUACCGCAUCUCCAACCCCCAUAGCUGUAGGACGUGCCUCGCUGCGCCUGCGCCUCCUUCACUCGUUGUGUACACAAUCACAGGUCACCCGAGCGCUGCGAACGGAGGGCAGGGCGGCAAGGCUCAUUCUUCGAUUUAAUAGAGAAUCCAACAUACCAUGUCCCCACUA